AUGCGUGUCAGUCUUUCCUAUUCCAACUACUGUGACCUCAAGGCGUUCCUUGACUUCUGUUCUCCAUUCCCAGCUCUGGAUAAGCUGCAUGAAAUUGCAGCCAAAGUGUAUGAAAAACUUGACAUCCUGUUGAGUGGGAAAACGUACCAACCAGGUAUUCUCCCUCAACUCCUGCAGUCCAUUUUUCAGAACCAGAUCCAGCUGCUGCAGAGAGCCAUCAUUGAAAGCAGACUGGAGUGUGAACGUCACUGUGGAAUCUUUAGAUAUGACGCUGUCUCCUGCAUGAAUUGUAACGUCUCCAGACCAGCUUGCUUUGGAUAUAACUGCGAGUCAUCAGAAGAAUGGGAAACAGCCUUGAAAGGCCUUUUUGAUUACAUAAACAAAAUAUACCGGCAAUCAGCAAGGUGGCUAGUUGCCUUGAGAAGGAUCCCAGGCUUCCACAAUUGCACAUCCACCAGCCCAGCAAUGCUCAACUUUAAAAGGAUAAAGGCCAGCAUGUCUGAGACUUGGCACAACACACGUGUGAACAGGAAGACUACUGGAUGGCACAAAUACAGAAUCCCCCCCACCAGAGUGAUAGACUGCUGAGCUGUGAUUUUUUAAAUGAAUACUUAGAAUGUAUUAGGUGUAAGGGAAAUUAAACAAACGAUCAGUG